CACCCGGCGCUCUGUGCGUGAUCCACCAGCCCCGGCUCACCACGCCCGUGUCGCCUUCCUCCGCAGAGCCAUGUCGGGCGAGUCGGGGCCAGGGCCUCGCUCCCCCGCGUCUCCCCCAGAGCCCCCCCCUCCCGCCUCGCCCGCCCACAGUCCCGCCCCCACGCCACAGCAGGGCGGGCUGGAGGGGGCGCGCGUCCACCUGCACGAGAAGGAGCUGUGGGGGCGCUUCCACGACGCAGGCACCGAGAUGAUCAUCACCAAGGCGGGACGCCGCAUGUUCCCGGGCCUAAAGGUGCGUGUGUCGGGCCUGUCCCCGCGCACCAAGUACAUCCUGCUCAUGGACGUGUGUCCCGCCGACGGCCACCGAUACAAGUUCGCAGACAACAAGUGGAGUGUGAGCGGCAAGGCCGAGGCGGCGAUGCCCGGCCGCCUCUACGUGCACCCCGACUCGCCCGCCCCGGGCGCCCACUGGAUGCGCCAACUCGUCUCCUUCCAGAAGCUGAAGCUCACCAACAACCACCUGGACCCGUUCGGACACAUCAUCCUCAACUCGAUGCACAAGUACCAGCCGCGGCUGCACGUGGUGCGUGCCGACGAGGCAAACGGCUUCGGCUCGGGGCGCACCGCCUUCAGCACGCACGCCUUCCCCGAGACAGCUUUCGUCGCCGUCACCUCCUACCAGAACCACCGCAUCACGCAGCUCAAGAUUGAGAACAACCCAUUCGCCAAGGGCUUCCGUGGCGGGGAUGAACUGGAGCUGCAGAGGGUGGCACGGUUACACAGCAAGGAGUGCCCGGUGCUCCCGCGCUCCGUGCUACGGCCCGGGAUACCCCGGGACCCGCUCAUCUCCCACGUCGUCAACUCGGGUUUCCAUGGCGACGAGAGGACACUGGUCCCACCCAUCGACGGAGGAGGAGGCGGUGGGAUUUACUUCACGGAAGCGAUCCCGAGAGGUGACUGCCCGUACCGGGCGGCCGGCGGCCGCAAGCGCGGGGGGCCUCAGCGCGGAGGAGGAGGAGGCGGCGGUAACGGCAACGGGGGCCUUCCCGCGACGCCGGGCCACGGCGGCCUCCCCGGCCAGCACCCGGCGUGCUUCCCUUGCGAGCCGGUGCGGGCCCGCCACGCCUGCAUGUACGCCACCACCGCCGCCGCCGAGCUCGCGCCCGCCGUGGGCCCUCUCGCGCCGCCCGAGAUGUCGGCCUACGUCCGAGAGGGCGACGACGGUGACCGCUCGCACGGCCGGCCCACGUCGGACGGCUUGUACGUGCUCUACGGGGGGGCAGGCGCCACCGCCGGCACCGCCGGCACCGGCGGUGUUGUCGGGGAUGCCAUGAACUCGGGCUGCAGGGUGUGGACGCCCGGCGGAGUCGGCGGGGAGAACGCCCAGUCGGCCGCCGCCUCCGGUGGCCUCCACCACCCGGAGUGGAUUCCAGUCGCGACCGGAACGCCGUGCGAGCCCGCGUACCGAGGCUGCGGCGUCGAAGCCGUGCCGGCCUCCGUCUACCGCCGCUGGGACGCGGCCACCGCGGCCGCCGCGGCGUUCGCCCAGGCGUGGGGCAACGGGGCCUCCGCUCCGGCCUGCGGCGGGCAGCAGCAGUACGGGCAGCAGCAGCAGCAGGCGGCGGGUGAAGGCCUCGCCUCGAUGAUGUUCCAGGAUGACGAGCAGUGCCAAGGCCUUGGCCACGAGGCUUCGCCCUGGGCGGCGGGCCUCGUCGGUUCGCCAUUCGGCUCGGGCCUCCCGCUGGCGGCAGCGGCGCCCGGCCUGGGGUCUCCGCACGACGGCGCUGACGUGGGGCUGUUUCUGCAGCAGAAUGCGCGGAGUCUGAAAUGACUGGGGCCCAAAUCCUGAGUCAGGAGGCCGGGAAAAAACACGUCGUGUAGAUUGUGCGCGUGUGUAUAUGUACGUCUGUGUAUAUACUAUAUGUGCUACUCGCUAAUAGCACUUGCCCCAGCAGUCUGUUGAGGCUAUUACUGGGGUCCUUUGUCUUUAUAUAUAUUAUAGAGAUCCCGAAGACGUGUGGAGUGGUGAUUGUAGCGUUUAGCAAGCGCACUGACCGCACUGUGGACCCGGUUUGCCGGGGUCCGAUACGUGAACAGGAUGUCGUGGUUGUUGAUAUCUCAUCAAUGCCCAGCGGAGGCCUCGCCUAGGCUGACUUUGCCUCACAUACGUAGGCCUGCUGCUACACCGUGCAGUGGCCAUGCCGACUCACGCACGCAUCGGGGUGUGUGUGGUGCUGGCCCCAUCACUAACCGGUAACUAUGUGCUCACCAAUCAGCGCUAGGCCAGACAAAAAUGUAGGCUUUUUAUUUUUACUUUUCAUCUAAGGUGACAUCCUAAAGUUACGUGUGCAUAUAUUUGUAUAUGGUGUACAAACGAGAUGGACAUGGUUGGGCAAAAAUGCCACAAUCAAAUGAAUAUUUGGCAAGUUAAAAUGUAUGUUUAUUCAUAUGAGAGGGCGAUCCAUUUGUACAUACCUCAUUGAAGUAAUAGGGAUACAUUCCAGAAACCCAUUUUAUUUUAUUUCAAACCUUAUACACGUCUGCCACUAAUUACAUAGUUUAGGUCCCAUGAUGUAGCUGCUCAAACCCCGAGCUAUGGAUGCUCUGAUUGUGGCACUGCAUUUGUGCUGUUCGCCUUUUGAGACCAGGCUCUGAAGAAAGCUGUCUCUGGCGUGGACACAAUCGGUGUGAAAGACAAUGUCGCAUCAUAUCCUACCAGAGCGUGUUGUUUGUUUGUGUGUUCACCACGGCUACCGUGUGUGUGGUUAAUGCAGUUACAGGAUUCUUUACAGAAGAUUUCUGUUUGCUGUUUGAACAUUUUAACACAACUGUUUUAUUGCCAGAAAGGGUAAAACAUAUCCUCAUAUUUAACCAUAAUCUCCCCUCUGUAAGAUAUGGAACCACCGCGCUCACUAUUCGAUCAACUAUUGAGCUGAAAUGAUAAUUGUUUUUUUACCCUUUUAUCUGGCAACAAAACUGACACCUUUUUUUUACAAGAAGUCAUGUUUGCAUUGGCAACAAAAAACACAACUCUGAUAAUGAUAUGCACUGUCCUUGAAAUUGAUUGGUCCACACCCGAGACAGCUUUUCUUAGAGCCUAGUCUCACAUGGUGUUGGACCAGAUGACGCCAAAAGGCGCAGCUGGGUGCCAUCCAGCCAUCAAUGGGGUAUCUGUAAAUGGGUCGCGCUCUCAAGUUUACAGCCAACAUCCAGCAGCACACGCAGAAGUUGAAACUCGAAUGAUAAACCAGUGCGGCAUACAACAUACUUUAUAGACACACUGUGCCACUCGAUAUUUGUGUGUGUGUGUUGUAACCUAUAACCAAUUGAUUAAUUUUAUUAUUGUUAACUGUAAAUUCCUAUUUAUAUGUAAUAGUUAAACAUAGGGGGGGGGGGAGUGAUUUUUUUUGGUAUCAAAUGGCAAAUGCCACGAUUUUGCCGAUUGUUUUUUUUAAAGGCAAAUAUAAAUCUUGCGACAAGUCUCUGCAGCCAGGCGAGGAUUUGUAUCCGUGUCCUUUAUUUAACCAUUCACGGAUCGUGGUCACCGAAAACCCCUUCUGCAAGCUGUGCUGUGACGAAUGCAUCCAAAUGUGUGUCUCUUUGUGUGUGUAAGUCAGCAACGGAAGGUGCACCUCGCUUCAGUUCACAUCCGUGUACAGGUCAUAAUUUAAAGUUGCUUUAAUUUGAGCUUCUUGAAACUAUUGUUGAUGUUACCAAGCCCCCACUGAGCAUCUAUGGAGCCGUUUCCUCAGAAGCGACCCUGGCCACCACAACUGACAGCCACUCGAUGACGUGGCGGCUUAAUGAUUAUUAUUUAUCAAUGUGGA